CCUGAGGCACGGACUUUUUUUUCCCCCUUGACCACGCUUCUCUCAUCUCUGCACUUUAUCUCUAUCAACAAAGCUAAAGUGUGAGCUCGGACCGCGUCCUCCCGCUGCUCACCGCCGCUGGACGACAGUUUGGAUGUUCGCCGCACAGGCCGGAGCGGCGGCUGGACAGGUCUCCGUACUGUUGCGACACUUUGGGGCAGUUUGUUGAACAAACCCCGCCGCACCUCGUCAUUUCACACCGAAUGAACCGAGCCGGUUUGGGACUGCUUCUGGUAAACCGCGGGUCAUUUCUUUUAAAGUUCUGGCGUGUUUUGUUGGUAUUUUUCCGUCCUGAGGACUCCUUGGACAGCACGUUGUUUACAGACGGACAGGCGCUCCUCAGAGCUCCUUUGUAACAGCGUAGAUAAUCCCUGCAUGUCAGUUUACAGUCGAACUCCCGGGGCUCAUUCUCACAGUCUACACCAAAUGUUUUGACUUUUUUCAUCACUUUUUUUUUUUUUACAUAAUUUAUUCCUCCAAAAAAAGUUUUUUUUUUUUUUUUUUACUUGAGUGUUAAAUCGAUUUGUUUCAUUUCCCACUAAAAACUUUAUAAAUAACUCGAUCAGGGCAUCUGUAAAUCCAGAUGUUUUGGUUCUUUCUGCCACUUCUGUUAUUUCAUUCAAACAAAGGAACAGCCGACACAGUCCUUCUUUCUAUAUAAAUCGGAAGGUUUAUGAUAGUUACUAUUAAGGAGAUUAUUUGGGUUCCCUAAUCUCCAAUCUGAGGAUUAACCGAGGUUACUGGUGUGUCCAGAUUAUUACGUCUCUUUUGUAGGGCCCUCUGUUGACACCCCCGCAGCGGCUCAGCCAUAUUGUUUUCUUUUCUUUUUUUUUUCCAACACUCACAGAGACCUCUGAGCCGAAAAGUUAAAUGUUUUAAGUGAACCGUGCUGACUGAGUGGAAGUUCAGAGGACCACCAUGGAGGACUCCUCGGUGCCUCCGAUUGACCCAGAUUUCGAGCCGCAGAGCAGACCCCGUUCGUGCACGUGGCCCCUGCCCAGACCCGACAUCUCGGCUGUCAAGCCGGAGGGAGUGGACGGCACCGAGUCCGCCGCGGGGACCCCUCCCGCCGACGAGGACAAGCCCGAGCCGCAGCAAAUCGCCUCCGAGCCCGAGAAAGCGGCGGCGGCGGCGGCCGAGGGCGGGGUGGUGUCCGGGGUGGGCGGAGCCGGAGCGACGCCCCGCAAGGGGUCGUCCCGACGCAACGCGUGGGGGAACCAGAGCUAUGCGGACCUGAUCAGCCAGGCCAUCGAGAACUCCCCUGACAAGAGGCUGACCCUGGCCCAGAUCUACGAGUGGAUGGUGAAGACAGUGCCUUACUUCAGAGAUAAAGGAGACAGCAACAGCUCGGCCGGCUGGAAGAAUUCAAUUCGUCACAAUUUAUCACUCCACAACAAGUUCCUCAGAGUUCACAAUGAGUCGACGGGCAAGAGCUCCUGGUGGAUGCUCAAUCCGGAGGGAGGGAAGACGGGGAAGGCUCCCCGCCGCCGCGCCGCCUCCAUGGAUAACAGCAGCAAGCUGCUCAAGAGCCGCAUGCGGGCCAAGCAGACCAAGAAGCAGGCGGCGGCGGCCGGCCUCGGGGGCGCGGGAGGGGUGCUGCAGGGCGACGGCGGCACGGGCUCGGGCGGCGCCGACAGCCCCAACUCGUCCCAGCAGUUUCCCAAGUGGGGGGUGAACAGCAGCAGCCCGUCGUCCCGCGGCAGUCUGGACGACGCUGACAUGUGGACCACCUUCCGCCCGCGGACAAGCUCCAACGCCAGCACCCUGAGCGGGCGCCUGUCCCCCAUCGCGCCCGGCCAGGAGGACGACGACAGCCUCCCCGAGGACAGCCUGCUGGGGAGGUACGCCGCCAGCAGCCUGACCCCCACCCUGACCGAGACCCUCAUGGAGGAGCUGGACCUGAUCGACGGCCUCACUCUGAUGACCGGGCAGCAGGGCGGGGCCAGCCCCAGCACGGCGCCGCCGGCACCGCCCACUCCACUGCCCUCCGCCUCCACCCUGCUGCCCCGGGGCUCCAGCUUCCCCUCCUUCCACCAGCUGCAGUCCUCCAGCUUGCCAAAGGCCCCCGCCCACGCCGGGACCCCGGCCUCCGUGUCCCAGUGCGGGCCCGCCAACAAGGAGCCGGCGGCCUUCGGAAACUCCCUCUUCAACCACAUGUCCGGCCCCGGCGGCCGCGGGAGCGGCCAUUUUAACACCCAUGUCCCCUCCAGCCUGGAGGCGCUGCUCACCUCCGACUCGCCCCCGCCCAGCGACGUCCUGAUGACCCAGGUGGACCCCCUCAUGCCCAACCCCGGCGGGGUGGGCCUGAUGGGCAUGGGCUCGUCCGUGGUGGGCGUGCGGCAGAAACCCAACCAGCUGCUGUUGGGCAAGGCGCUGGAGCCGAGCCCCGUGGCCCCCAUCCCGCUGCAGCCGCAGCUGCAGCCGCAGCAGCACCACCUGCACCACCAGCAGCCGCCGCCGCCGCAUCACGCUCAGAUGGGGCUGGGCAUGAUCCUGUCGGGGAUGUCUCAGGACCCGUCGCAGCUCUCUGCGCUCAAAGCCCAGCACGGCCAGGGGCCAGCGGUGGGCUCCCACCCCGCGGGCCCCCCGGGCCCCCCCGGCGCCGCCCUGCAGGGGAUGGGUCAGUUCGGCGCGCCGUCCUGCUUCCCCGCCGGCCAGGACCGGCUGCCCACGGACUUGGACAUAGACAUGUUCACAGAGAACCUGGAUUGUGACGUAGACUACAUCAUCAACAGUGACCUCAUGGACGGAGACGGCAUCGACUUCAACUUUGACCCCAUACUGCCGGGAGGUCAGGGCUACGCCGGCACCGCCGCCACACAGGGCUCCGCCCACAGCUGGGUGCCCAGCUAAGUCUUCACAGUGUCAGCCAGGAACUCAUCUCCAAUCAGAAGAACCUCAUCAAACAGCAAAACCGCCGGUGCAUCGCGUCACCCCGAUGGCUGAGAACACUUCUUUUUUUCUUUUUUACACAGACACAACGUUUCUCGUGGAUUUCAAAUGGUAAAAUCCUGACCUCACUCAUGUCACGUGCCAAGACAUGCGGGGGACACGGAGAAGAUUCAGGCAACUAUGCACAGGUUUUCAGUUUUUUGUUUUUCUUUUUGGCACUCGGCAACGACCUGGCUGCUAGCCGUUUCUGUCUUUUAAUCCAAACUGAUGAUUUUUAAAGAUGAGUGAUAGAAAUGCUUUUGAGAGUGGAAAGAAACAAACAAACACCUCAUGGGUUUGUGUUUGAGUUACCUGAGAGAAGCUUCAGGGCGUGGAUACGGUACCCCGGGCGGCGUGGGCAGUGCAGACUUUACGGAGUGUGUGUUUUUGCAGAAAUGGCCAGUUGUCCUCUUGACGCUCACUAGGCGUGAAUUUCCAGACCAAAACGUUGUUGGAUCGUCUGAUCCGAACGGGGGGGGGGCGGCGCGCUUCCUCCGCCUGUGAAGCAGGUCGAGAGCGAAGACGGGACAACUGAAAGUAUCAAAUCCUCCACUUUGCUUCGACUUCUCGUCUCACCCAGACUACACCUUAUAAAGAUGCAGAUUUUUUGCCUCGACCUAAAUUUUCUGGUUUUGCCACUUUUGCGUUCAAUCCAGUGUGUUAUGGUAGAUCUAAGUUAGAGGAUGGGUUUUUUUUUUUCUUUCAUCCGCUGAUGUGCAGUUCAACUAACAAAAAAAAAUGAAGAAAUGUGAUGUGGGAGUUUAUACCCAGGGCAUUUAAAGACAAAUUUAUUCGGGUGAUUGGUCGGCCAAGUAUUAUAUAUUGUCCUUGACAGCAGUAUGACUCCACUGUCAAGUUGUCUACCUGAUUUUCUUUUUUUUUUUUUUUCCUUUUCUUUUUUUUUUUGUGUUUUUGUCCAUUUAGAGGCUGUGCAUGUUUCAAAGCACUUAGGUUCCCUGUAACACAGGGACCCCAAAACUCUAAGAGUACUUCCACAUGAGGUUUUAGCAUUUCAGUGAAAGAGAGAGUUUAUAAUCCUGCGGAGAGUCAGUGGGAUGCCCACGUUGCACAUGUACAUGAUGGAUGGCAUGCUAUGCAGACUUGUCAGGAGAGCUUAUUGAAACCUUGAAGGAAAUUUGAAAAGAAAAAAGAAAAAACCCAGUUUCCUGAUGCGUCGUCUGGGAGGAUUCCAGCGCUUCAAGUCAGGAAAUCCUCUCCGGUUCAGUACUAACUUUAAAGAAAUUAAUUCAUUGUGUGAGAAGUACAUCCAAAAGAAUAUAUUUGAAUAUAGUUUUAAUAUACAAUUUAGAUGGAGAAAAAAAAAUCUGAUAUUAAUGCAUAUGAAUAUUUACUAAUGACGUGGUGUUUUUUGUUUUUUUUUUACAUUGGAAGAAGCAUUCUCAGAUCAUUUUUAACGGUAAUUUUCUAUACUUUUAUUUUUGUAAAGGACAACAUGCAUGUAGAUUUUUUUUUUUUUUUUUACAUAACCAAAUGAACACUAAUAUUUGCAUUGCAUGUAGGGAGCGCUUGAGCCUGACACAGUAUCCUCAUGUACAUAAGCUUUGCAAAAAAAAAGACGCCUGUAAACUCUAAAAGUGAGGCAAAAAAAACUCAGUUCCCUUCCAUCUGCUUCCCGCUUUAUUCGUCUUCUUUUAUUUCUCCUGAAUCCAAGUAAAUGUGCGAUAUUUACAUCAAAAUUAAAAAAAAAAAAAAGUCAUCUCAUUAAAAAAAUAAGAAGAUAAAAAAAGACAUUUGUACAACAGUUACCUCUCAGGCGGGAAAACAGUUGAGCUCUGGCAUCCUCGGCGUCGCCACCCGUCCAAACCCAAACCCGGUGUGCUCAGAAAUGCGGUCACCUUUUAUUUUCAAUUCAUUCCGUAUUUGAUUUAAAUUAGCCGCCCUCAGCAGUCGCUGAGGAAGAGCAGAACAGAUGUAACGGAGGGGAAUAAACUCAGAGGGGGUCAGUCGCUCCUGUUGAACGACAAGGUUUCAAGUUCAGCUUUGAAAGUAGCCCACAUCCAACCGCCACCCGUCACAAACACUCGUUUAUUUUUCAUGUAGCCGCAUUUUCGCACAUCUGUGGUCAGAGUUGGAUUUUCAGUCCCGGUCGGGUUGUGACAAUCGGAUAACAGCAAACAUGUGACUGGAAACCAACAGGUUUUGUGUUCUCCUGGAGACGUUUCUGUCUUACGGAGAGUCGAUCUCGGAUCCGACUCUCGUGUUUUCGUGCUUCAGGGCGACGCAGCUGUCCAGCUGUGUGUAUCACUCCUGGGCUUUUUUACUUGGGUUCUUAUUUUGUUUUUUUGUUUUUUGUUUUUUUCUGACUGCCAAUAUUUAAAACACUACUUAUGAGGUUAUUCUGUAGCCAGACUUUAUUUUGUCAUCUCCUUCCUUUUUGAAAUUUCGUGUGUGUUCGUACUUGAUUUCGUGAUCAGACAUAAUAAUUUCCCCCUGCAGUUUAAACUCCUAAUCAUCAUUUCACUGUAGCUGUGUGAAUAUGUUAGCAUGAUUUGUAUAAAGCACUCUCUCAUUUCUUCUUUCUUUCUCUCUCCGAAUGGUGCUAGAUUUGUUUCAUAUUCAGUCCGCCACGAUGCAAAACGGCUGCAUAUCAGGGCCUUUUGAAUUUUCUGUGUACGACACAAGGUCCUCAAUCUGACGUUGCAGUAGAAAUCCUCCAGCAGUGGUCUCCCUUCUUCAUUUUCUGUGUUUUGACAUGUAUGAUGAUAAUAAUAAUGAUAAUCUCCCAUCCACAUUGGUCAGCUUUUUUUUUUUUUUUUAAACUGCAUGAUUUUCCUAUUUUCAAUCAUAACAUGUUAUGAUUUUAGCAAGUCCUUAUGCAACGCCCCCUCUUUUCCCACCUUCGCUGUUUUCGUUAACUGAUGUCCCUGAAGUUGGUUUUGUUAUCAACAGUUGGUAGACUGCAGCCUGUAAAGGAGCAGCUCCUCUUUUAAUGCCUCCUCCAAACAGUCGGGUGUGACGUUAUUACUUCUUUUGUACUCCCAUUUAUAUAAUGGCAACUAUCUACAUAUUGGAUUUCUGCUUUAUUUUUUUUUUUCUUUAGGUAGUAUUUAGUCCUUGUAUGUUUUUAAAAAAUGAAAAUUGCCCCACUUGAUACAGUAUUUUAGAUGUCUGCAUAGGCUGUUCUCUCCACACAGGACGAUGGAAACACUGAAUUGUGCAAAAGCCAAUAAUGUUAAGAUUCUUCUUUUUAUCAUGUUGGUAGUUAUUUUUUUCUUUCUUUCUUUCUUUCUGCCCCCUUUUUUUCCUGUCUUUUUCUUUCUUUACACUUUGUAAAGUCAGCCAGAGAUGACAAACAGUUCUGAACAGCAGAAAUCAACUCAAUAAACUGUUUAACCCAG